AUGGAUGGCAGAGCGCCAAAAAGAAGGCGAACUUUGGCGCCAAUGACACAAUUUGAAGGAGACUCGCAAAGUGCGGCCAAAGAUAUAGACGAGCUACCGCUUCAUGCUCCAGGUUAUAUCAAGACCGUUCAGCUGCAGAAUUUCAUGUGCCAUGAAAACUUUGAGAUCAAUUUAGGCCCGCAACUGAAUUUUAUAGUGGGUCGUAAUGGCAGUGGGAAAAGCGCUAUUUUGACAGCCAUCACGGUGGGUCUUGGUGCCAAAGCAGCGGAAACAAAUCGAGGAGCAAGUUUGAAGGAUCUUAUACGCGAAGGUUGUAAUAUGGCCAAAAUACAGAUCAUAUUGGACAAUCAAGGACCUAGCGGUUUUGAACAGGAUUCAUAUGGGAGUCAGAUAAUCGUUGAACGAACAUUAAAGAAAACCGGAGAUACAGCCUUUAGUCUCAAAUCAGAGACCGGCAGGAAAAUUUCUUCGAAAAAAGCAGAUCUACAAACCAUUCUAGACUAUUUUGGCGUGCCCAUUUCGAAUCCGAUGUGCUUUCUUUCCCAGGAUGCCGCAAGAUCGUUUUUAACCGCAAGCACUGCAGCGGAUAAGUACAUGCAUUUCAUGAAGGGAACUCAAUUGAAAGAAACGGAGGAUAACCUGAAUCAGGCCUAUGAAGUGACUUUAGAAGCCCGAGAUCAACUCCAUUUCCACGAGCGAGGCUUAAAGGCUCUUCGUGCAGAGUACGAGAGUGCUCAACGUAUCUUCAGAGAACUCAAUGAGCACCAAGAUUUGAAUAAGCGAAAGAGAGUUUUGCAGGGCAAACUUCUUUGGUUAACGGUACAAGAGAACGAAGGACUUUCCAAAAAGCUUGAAAGCAAACUCAAAGAAUAUGAAGACAGACGGGCAAUUAUUGAUUCCAAAAUAGCGGCAAGAAAGGCUAAGACUGAACAAUUUACUCGAGAUCAGCAAGAAAUCGAGGAGCAAAUAGAAACGGUCGCCGAACGAUGGCAAGAACGGAAAACUGACCUCGAUAUUGCCAGAGGAAAUCUCAUGCAAUUAGAGACAGAAUGCAACACAAAGGGGGCUCAGCGGAAAGAAACGGAAGAGGAAUUGCGUAAAACCAUCAAAACUGUCGAGGAGCUGGAAAGAAAAGUUCAGUCUCUCGAAGAGGAGCUCAAAAGACAAAGAGACGGUGAGGGUGAAAAAAUGGAACAGGAACUUUCUGGUAUUCAAAUAGAGAAUAAGCAACUGAAUUCAGACUUGAUAAACCAUCAAAACGAUCUAGAAAAUCUAAAAGACAAGUUGAAGACCUUGCUUCAUAAGAAAAACGAGGAGCUUAGGGAACUGCAUUUCGAAGUUGACAAGAAACAACAAGAGCUACGAACAAUGAAUAAUGUUACACCUGAAGAACAACUUCUGAUGAAUUUCCAUCCAAAGAUCAAAGAUGUUCUCAAAGCUGUCAGAGACGCUCGACGAAAAUUUGUUGAGGCCCCAAUUGGUCCCCUUGGCUUGUCUCUGACCAUCAAAAAAGAAUUUGAGGAGUGGACACGGCCUAUUCAAGCAUAUUUGGGUGGAGAACUGAAAUGCUUCGUGGUAUCCAAUAGUAGGGAUCGUCAAGAACUCAGCAGCAUUUUGCGACAGUAUAACGUUAACCACCUUUUCACUGUAGUGGUAUACAAAUUCUCAAAGUUUGAAUUUAUGCAGGGAAAAGCGCGCACAUCAUAUUCAACUGUUCUUGAUGCUCUGGAAUUCGAUAUUCCUAGCUUGAAAUAUCUUUUGAUUGAUUUGAAACAGAUUGAGGGUGUCAUAUUGGUCAAAGACAAACGAGAAGCAAGGAAAGUUUUUGAUGAUGAUAAGUUCAAUGUUCAGCGGGUGCUAUCCCCUUUAAAUGCACGGCAGGGUAUCCAAGCAUUCAAACGAAGGGGCGCUGGAUUUUCCUCAAAUAUUGUGAGUUAUCAAGAAAGGCUUUCAUUAAAGCAAGCCUCAUCGUCUAAUGACGACAUCGGAUAUUUGAAAGCGGUAAUUGAAGAAGAGAAGCAUCGGAUUUGGCAACGCGAGUCCGACUUCAACGUAAAUUUACAGCAGUUGGAAAGAGAUAUUCAGGAAAAGAAGAAAACAAUUGACCAAAUGCAAAAGAGAAUUGCAAAAUUGAAUGAGAGAGAUGUAGAUCUUAGAGUCCGCCUAGAAAGAAGUAAAAAUGUGGGCGAUGAGUCUUUAGAACGGGCGAAGAUACAAGCUAACUCUUACAAAUCUGUGAUUGGUGGCUAUAAGAAUACCCUAAAUGAAAUUGAUGAUAGCUUAAAUACCGUGUCGGAAUCAAAGCAAUCUCUAAAGGCGCGCUAUGAAGAAUGCGUAUUGGAGUUACGAGAGGUUGAACAUCAUCAACAAGAGCUAAAGAAUUCUAUUUCUCACAUAUCGGCCAAUCUAGAGAAAUACAAAGAAGAUCAAGAACGCUACGUGAAAAAGCAAGCCGAUAUUGUUGCUAGACAAGCCAAAACUACCGAAGAAAUGAAGCGUUUUGAAGAUGGUAUCAAGAAACAAGAAGAGCAAGCCAACAUAUAUUGCCCUAGGGAUGUGGCAUUUCAACCAGAUGUUCCUCCAAGGAGGGAGGAUGUCAAGACGGAAAUAGAAGAAAUUUCCUUUCGGAUUCAGUCAGCAGAGAGAAACUUGGGAAUGUCUCAAAACGAAGUAUUGAGCCUGCUGGAGAAUACUAAGACUAAAUACACCGAUGCCCAUGAGAAAUAUUCUAAAAUCGAUCAAGUCAUUGCACUCUUAGAGGGUCUGCUCAGAAAGCGACAGCAGUCUUUCUUUUAUGCAAGGCGGGAUACCUGUUUUACCGCUGACGCUGACUUCAAGCAAUCUCUUAGAUUUCGCAAUUUUUCGGGGGGCCUGCAUUUUGACCUUGAAAGGAAAACACUCGAUAUGCUUGUUAAAACUGCUAACGAUGAGCGUCCUAGAAAUGUUAACACCCUAUCAGGAGGCGAAAAAUCAUUUUGCCAACUUUCUCUGCUUAUGGCCACAUGGAGGCCGAUAAGAUCCAGGUUGAUAGCACUUGACGAAUUUGACGUUUUCAUGGAUCAAGUAAAUCGGCAAAUUGGCACAAGGUUUAUAAUACGGGAAUUCUCCAAACGGUCAAGGGCUCAAACGAUAAUCAUAACUCCACAAGAUAUAAGCAAAAUUGCAGAUGUUAAUCAGCCGGGAUUGCAAAUUUAUAAAAUGGAUGAUCCUCAGAGACAUAACAUAUCUGAGCCUAUGUAG